UCGGGUACGCAUGCGCGUAAUUGGUAUCGCGGUAGGUGGGCGUGUUCCAGCUAUAUUAUUUACGCUUGAGUCGCAUAUCUACAGUGUUCUUCUCCCAGGCUCGCUGCAGUGAAUAUCUCUCGGGUUGCCAUGCUAGUCGACGUUGAAUGUAGUUCAGAGCUUCGCGUGUGUUCCGUACAAUAGAGCACUCUCGUCUUCACAGCUGAAGAAAUCAUCGUUGCCGUACUAUAGGAGGAGGUUUUUCGUUGCUAACAUACCCGGAUCACUGCUACUGUGGACUAUUACUAAAUAGAGCGACGUAUAAUAUAUCAUAAUCACGCAGAAACUCCCCGCUUCUAAACCAGUGAUAAAAGGUAAAGAUUGAGGCAGAGCAAGAUGAUGGAGAGUGGUAUUGGACGAAGGGACAUCCCCUCUCGUCAGCCCGGAGUCCGCCGACAGCCGGCAAACGGUCACAUUCAGAACCAGUAUGAGGACAUGCGUCAACGAAACCAGUGCCUCAGGCAAAAACUGCAAACACUAUCAGAACAGACCCAAAAGAUUCAAUCGGAGAGAGACAGUGCUAUUGAUAAGUACCAGCAGCUGUGGACACAGAUGGAACAGAUGCAGAAACAGAUGCAGAAAAUGGCCACAACUUCCAUGGGCAAAGGACAGAUGUCUUGGGCUGAACAGGAAGGUCUGACAAAGAAACUGGAAGCUCUUUCUGCCCAGAACCAGUCACUCCAGGCCAGAUACAAAGAAGAUGUACAAAGCCUCAAAAUUGCACUGGAGGAUGCAGAACAGGACCGAGACAACCUGCGUUACAAACUCUCGGAGAGCCAGCGCGAGAACGACAAGCUAAGCGAGAGGCUAUCCUGCCUCGGACCAAACUACGACACCUCCAAGAGGGAAAUUGAGAGUGUCAUCGCCCAACGGGACAAGCUGAGGAAGCAGGUUGAUGUUCGAGACCGGGAACUUCGUCUGGCCCAGGAGAAGCUAGUUAGUGUUGCCGGAAGCACCGGAAAUGACCACCAGAGGGAGAAGACCACGGCAGAGGUGUCUGAACUAAAGUCAGAGCUCUCCCGCCUGAGAAAAGAGCGACAGAGCGUGGCAAAGGAGAGAGACAGACUGACUGAUGAAAACGGAGAACUUCAGGCGAAACUUGAGCGCAUGGAAGCACGGGCGCACAAUCUGGAAAUGGAAUGUCAGAGGUUGCGCGACAGCAGUCCAGUUCGAGGUCUGGGAAGGAUGGGGGUAAUGCGCGGAAGCUCGGAGGACCUUCUCACCAUUCGAAGCAGGGCAUACCGUGGCUCUCUCCCCUUCAAGAAAUUUUCACCCGGUUCGGCAGACGAGGACUCGGAUCGAUCCCUGCAAGAUCUCACAUCUCUCACCCACUCUGGUGACCUCUCCUUUGCCAAGAAGAAACUCAGCUCAAGCACGUCAAAUCUGACAACGUCGAGUGAUGGGGGACUGGAGCGAAUCCCGGUGAGGGUAGCAGCCAGGCUAAGACCUCGACUCGUCAGAUCAGAUCAGACACUCAACGAUCUCCAAAAGGACAAUGACACACUCAAAAGCAAGGUGACUCAGUUGGACAAGGAGCGGGUAGAGAUGGAGAUGCAAAUGAAGAGACUCAAGCACGAGUUGCAAACUGCGCAGCUCGAGAUGAACAAGACUGCCAGUCAGUACAAGGAGGCUCAGAACCAGAUUGAUAUGCUCGGCAAGGAGAAAGGAGUGGCCAUGAGGGACAAUGCAGUGUCCUAUCAACAGAGCAUUCAGCUGGAGAGCAAGCUGAAAGAGUUGGAGGCAGAGCGACAGAUCAUUCAGCAGCAGAGAGACAUUGCCAACAAGGAGAGGGAGAAAUUUGUGAUGGAGUCUGUAUCACACAAGAAAAAGCUGGAACAGAUAAAAGGUCAGCGUCAGAAGGAUGCAAAGGAGCUGGUGACGAUGAAACACAUGAAAGACCGGGCGGUCACGGAGAUGACUGAGCUGCGUCGUCAGAACAAAGAGCUCAAGGAUAAACUGGCCGGGGUGGAGGAAGAGAUGGGGAGAAUCAGGGAGUCUGUGACGCAGACCAGCAUGAAGCUGGGAGCACCCUCACUGCACGAGAGUAUGACAAGUGUCAACAGUCGCACCCGUCCAUCACAACAGUCCAGUUCUACCUCAGCUGUAAAGAGAUCACCUUCACUUUCUCAGGACUUGAAGUCACUAAUGGAGCGACUGAAAGUGGCAGACAGCGAGAGAAAAUUGCUUCACAAGAAGCUGUUUGGAGCUGAAGCCCAGGAGCCUGGCCAUCAACCCAACAUGGCUGACGUCCUCCACAAAGUCGAGAGCCUCUUCCAAGAGCGAGACGGCCUGGUAUUGGAAAUUGAGGCACUGCAGACCAGUUCGAAUAAGCUGAACGAAGACAGGAUAUUUGACCUGAAGCAGCGCAUCGAGGAUCUCAUGAUGGAGCGGGACACUCUCAAUGCCCACAGCAAGCAGCAAAAGAAAGAGCUCUCAUCGCUGAGUGCUCAGUUGAUCAACACGGAGCAACAGCGUGACAAGCUCUCCAUUGAGAUCAACAGACUCGGCAUGCAGUGCCAGCAGCUCAAGUCGACCCAAGAGAGGCUAGUCACCGAGCACUCUAGGACACUCGAGAAAGUCAACGAGCUGUGGAAACAGAAGUGGCCUGGAGCUUACGAUGAACAAGCCUGGGAGGAAAGACACGUCACUCUUUCACUGGGCUCAGAUGGGCUGGCUGGGUUCAGCGUGGUGGGUGGGAGAGACCAACCUCAGCUGCCCAAUCCUGGAGCCUUCAUUGUCACAACUGUCACGGGUGGCGGCCCAGCAGAUGGACUCGUAAAGUAAACACACGCAGGAGAAUCCUAUUAAGUGUAUGUGUGUGAUGGAUGAUUGGUUGUAGGGUUGGAGAUAUACUGGAGAGCGUGAAUGGCCAGAGCAUGGCAAACGCCGACCAUCGCGAGGCUGUCAGAGCUGUGAAGGAGUCCAAGGGCAACCUUACAGUGUCUGUACGAAGAAGACGCCACGCACAGCCGCUUCUCAUGGGGAUAGUGUCUACAGUGAACUCUGUCCCUCACGUCGACCCCACAGUUGUAGCAAAACCUGAAGAAUACAACUUCUCACUCUUGGUCAACAGCAAAGACAAUUUGGGGUUCCGGUACAAUUGGGAGAGCUUGUUCAGAGUUACUGAAGUCGUUCCUGGAGGACCUGCUCACCAGAUACUGGAAGUUGGAGACAGAAUCCUCCAGGCUAACAAGCAUUCGGUCAGUCUGGAGAAGCCGUCGGCCGUCAAGAAACUUCUCAAACCGCACAAAGGCGUCCUCCAGCUGAUCGUGGAGAGAAGCGGCAGUAACACUGCCUCUCGCAUGAGAAACGAAACGGGACAAAGCAUGAUGCAGGAGGAAUGGAGCGAGGAUUCACUAGGCAGCAGCAAGCGGAGUUCAGUGGCCCUUUCAUCAAACUCCACUCCGACAUACAUAAGGAAAACCUACGCCCCCCCUGAAACUCUAACACAGAGAUCGCCCAGUAUGUGUCUUAAAGAAACACAGCCCUCACAAUCUUCACUGCAAUGCCCACCCUUUAGGUCCGGAGAGAGAAUCAAAGGCUACUGGAUACGCUGCUGCAGAGAAGCAGGAACACGAAAGGCACAGCAUGCAGCCAGUCAAAGAGAGAGGGAGCUACUCCAGCUCCAGGGACUCUUAUUCCCAAGAUCUCGCUGAGACUGGAAGUGAAGAUAGUGAAUCCAAGCCCACCAAAUUGGUCUCAGUUGUUACCCAGGUGAGAAGCGAGCAAACCCCCAGCUCCUCUCGCCAGAGGCCAGUGUCAGACGGUGUGAUGUACGGCAACUUUAAUGAGCGUCGCAUCGAAUACGAAGAGGUCCUCCUGUCGGAACGAACCACAGAAAGCCAGUAUUCCCAGUCAGAGAGCUACCUCUCAGAGAGUAGCUAUGGUGAAUAUGAUGGACUCAGUAGCAGUCAGAGUAUCGACCUCACAUUCCAUUCCGUUUCCACGGUGACCCACAACCAGUUGACCGUGGACACAAUGGCACCAACGCAAAUGGAGCCUUCCCACGAGCGAAGAGGCUAUGCGCCUGAAGAUGGGGAAGAGUACUUUGACAGACUUGACUCAAAGAGAAAUGCCUUCAGGACACGGUCAAAUGGGGAAAAUUCCAACACCAACAACUCACAGCAUAGUCAAGAAGACAGUCCCAGUCAGCUCUCUGACACUCAGCUAAGUUACUCUGAGAUGAGCUGUAGUCAAGAGAAUGGAGCUACCUCGCACCGCAAGGCUCAAAAAGGCUACAAGAGAAAGCGCUUCAGAGGGAAACGUAAAGGGAACAGCGCCCACGGAUCCAGUUCCCUGACAAAGCUGAGUUCGCCGGAAGAGACGCGGACCCUUCCCCCGCGAUCAGGGAUGAGCUCGUCGAGCAUGGGACAGCGAGGACGCAGCUGGAGCAACCUCUCUCUGAGUCACGCUCCCUCCAUGAGCAGCGUGAUGGAGGAACCGCGGCGGUCAACCAGCACCACAAAUGUGUCAGACAUGCAAGAGCAGGACCCGCUGGCCGAUGCAACGUAUAUCAGAGCCAACUUCACCUACGUCCCACGCACACCAAAAGAACUGCAGAUAAAGGCCGGAGAUGUUUUCCACAUCCACGAUGAAGCACCAUCUGAACGCUUCCGUUCCUGUUUCUGGGUGUCUCGGCUGAACAGUGAUGGCACAGAUGAGAGAAUGGGGCCAAUCCCCAACUCCAUUAAGGCUCAAGAGUACUUAGAAGCACAGGGAGAAAGUCUGGAUAUCCCAAUCUACGAGGAGGUGGAAGCACACACUGGCAUGAGGCCAGUGCUUAUCUUUGGAGCCUUAGCAGAUCAAGUGGUAGCCUCGCUCCUUGAGAGCUACCCCACCAUGUUCUACUGCUGCAACACCGAAUUAGUAGAUAGCACAGCACGCAUCAUUGAGGCUCGGCUAAAACGAGAAGUGGCAGAGGGAAAGAUCGUGGACUUCUGGAGGACUGACAGAGGCUAUGAGGUCAUUCGACUGGAGGCUCUAAAUGGAAGAGAAAACAAGAGUAAGCACUGUGUUAUGGCCGGCACCGUGCAAGCUUUCCAGAGUCUGAAAAGCAAGGCACCUCCAGUGACGAUACUCAUCAAGGCCAUGCAGUAUGAUAGCAUCAUGUAAGUACAGUUACACCCACUGCUAUCUGUAGGAUUUAUACUCCUUCCUGAUCUACAUACGCCCACCUUUCGCCCCACUUGGAGCCAUGUUGCUGCACUAUACUAUAGAGGGCCUCCCUUUUAUAACAUGUGGAGCACACUAUUGCUGUGGAAGUGGUCCCAAUAGUCUGGCUGGCUAUCAAACUCACUCCACACUUCCUAGCUACUUUUCCGUGCAGAAAGGCUGAUGCAUGACCAACGUGCUACAUAUCGUGUCAAUUAGGUAUAAUAAAAACUCCUUGUAAUACUUCCGUUACAGGACAUUCAGCCCAGAGCAGAUCUCCGAGGAGGAGGCAAGGCGUUCAUUCAACGAGAUUGGCGCGUUGGAAGAACAGUAUGGAAGUGAAUUUUCAGCCUCACUUUUCCUAAUCUACAUGGACACCCUACUGGGGCAGAUUGAAGACAUUGUGAAGAAAGAGAAGCGGAAACAGUCAUGGGUCUCUGUCACCAGAGAAACUUAAAAAAACUUUUGCCCGAAAUAUAAUACAUUUUAUGCUUUUUGUAACAUUUUCUUGUCAAUUUUCAUGAUUACCAGUGGUCAGAAAUGAAAAUAUUAUACCUCUCACUCGUCAGCCUUCCUCUUCUACUUGGGUGGGUCUAAGUCGUUCAACCAAAAUUUUAUGUGGUUGUGCUUGCAUUGCGUAAUUUCAGCACCCACGAGCAUUUUUUACUGAUUAAACAUAGAGUGAACAGCGACCAC